AUGUUGAAAAUCUGGUCGAUGAAACAAAAGCAGCAGGAGGCUGAGAAUGCUGAAGGCGCUGCAGGCAAGAAGAAGAAGAAGGUCACCGCGGCGCAAUUACGCGUGCAACGAGACCUCCAAGAACUCACACUUGGCAGCACAAUGAAAAUGUCUUUCCCGAACCCCGAUGACAUCCUCAACUUCACCUUGACCAUCGAACCAGACGAGGGCAUGUAUAAGGGUGGUGUCUUCAACUUUAGCUUCGCUGUCAACCAGAACUUCCCUCAUGAUCCUCCCAAAGUUAAAUGCACGCAGAAGAUCUACCAUCCCAAUAUCGACCUGGAGGGCAACGUUUGCUUAAACAUUCUACGAGAGGACUGGAAGCCUGUGUUGAAUCUGAAUGCUGUCAUUGUUGGAAUGCAGUUCCUUUUCCUCGAGCCAAAUGCGUCCGACCCUCUCAACAAGGACGCCGCGGAAGAUCUUCGCGCCACUCGCGAUGCCUUCAAGAAGAACGUACGCAACUCUAUGGCCGGCGGGUCCGUCCGAGGCAUAUCAUUUGAGCGAGUGCUGCGGUGA